GCUUCAAGAUCAGUCUCCCCUCAAGAAGAUCGUUUCAUCAUGGGUGUCCGCGACGUCCCAGCCGACGCUUUCAUUACGGCUUACGCCAAUCACUUGAAGAGAGCAGGAAAGAUCGAGGUCCCCACUUGGGCAGACACGGUCAAGACCGGAAAGGGAAAGGAAUUGGCCCCGUAUGAUCCUGACUGGUUCUACGUUCGCGCUGCUGCUCUCGCACGCCACAUCUACCUGCGCAAGGCUGUCGGUCUCUCCUCUUUGAUGAAGUACCAAGGAGGUGCGCAAAACCGAGGAUUCAGACCAGCCAAGCACGCCGACGCUUCCGGUUCCGUUCAACGCAAGGUCGUUCAGGGUCUGGAGGGAAUCGGAGUGUUGGAGAAGGACCCCAAGGGUGGUCGAAGAAUCUCUCAGGAUGGUAUGAGAGAUGUGGACCGUAUCGCUACGGCUGUAAGCGAGCAGCUCAGGGCUCAGGAGGAAGAGGAUGAGGACAACGAGGACGAUGAUGAGGAUGAGGACGAGGACAACGAGGAUGACGAUGACGAGUAAAUGCGCGCUCAAUGCGCCCAGUAUCCUUCGCCCAUCUUGAAACGCCGCGUCCUCGCAGAGGUGGCGCGUUCGGCUACCCGUCGGUCUGCACGCUUCAAUCGUCAUCGUGGCCCGAUCAUCCAUGCAGCAUUCGCACCCUACAAGUAUACAAAAGGGGGAAUUUUUCCUCCAGCAGGAACACUGCACAGCAAGUUUGUGCUGCAGUGUCCUCUCUUUUUGCCUCGCCCCAGGCCAAAUGUUCCAAUAGCCAAGCUCUUUCCCAACACCCAAGUCAUGCUUCCCUCAACCAACUGUCGAUUUGAUCGUUCGGUGUUUGCGUCGCCAGAUCUGCUCCCGAGGGAAUUCUGACUGCACGAUUUGCGCGCUUUGAGCAUCGCGGGCCAUACCGUCCCAUUGCACACAGCCUCGUCGCGCCGGAGUUGUCCUA